AUGGGCUGUUGUGCCAGUGCUGCUAAUGAAAUUUAUAUACCUGCUAAUAAUAAGCAAAAUCAAUAAACCUAAAAUUAAAAUAAUCAAGGUUACCAAACAUAAUCUGAUUAAGAUAAUGAAAUUUUCAUUUAACAUCAAGAUUAGGCUCAAAAUCCUUAAUAAAUGACAAAUUCAUAUGUUUUCAAUUAAUCAUCUCUUCAUGAGACCUAAUAGAUGUAAAAAUUAUUAAUUUAUUACAUUAGGUCAUAAAAUGUAUAUGAGUAUGAGGAGGAACAAACAGAAUAGCAAAUUAAAAUAUCUAAAAAACUUAAAUAAAACUAAAAACCUGAUUUAGAUGCUAUUGGAUCAGGUAUCAUUUUUUUAUUUAAUAAUUAGAUGCUAAAAAAGAAUAAUUAUCGUUAAGAGAAUUUCUAUAAAGAAAGAGAUAGCUCAAAGGAAAAGAGUAAUAAAAAUUUAGUGAAUAAAUGAAUAUUAUUGAAGAUAUUGAAAGUUAAAUUCACAAUAAGUAAUUAAAUUUAAACACAUUAAAUGUAAAUAAACUUAUAAUUUAUUUAAGGACAUCUGCCAAAAAUAUAAUAAAUCUUUAAUAGACAUCUUAUCUUUAAAAAACUAACAAAAUUAUUAUAUAAUUGAAUUAAUCCUUAUCUACAUUAAUGAUUAUGAAAUCAUUUAACAUGUUUUACUCAAUCAUACCCUACCUGAAGGAUAGAUAUUAUAAGCUACUGCUAUUCGAUUAAUUAAUAAAAUGAAGCCAUUGUUUAGUAAUAAAGAAAAAAUUGAAUAAUCAAUAAAUUUCAUCAAGUCAAUCUUCAAUUCAGGUGAAGUUAUCCGUAUUUUAAAUCAAUUAGAAUUUAGUAACAUAGAUUCAUAUAUUAAUAUGAAAGAUUAUGAUGAAUUAAAAUUAUUUGGAUUAAUUAGCAAGCUCUUUGAAAAAAGUGAAAUCUAAAGGAAUUUCAAAUUUAUUAAAUAGUAUAAAGAAGCAAAAAAAAAUUACAAAUUUUAAAAUUUAAUAGUCCCCAAAUCUAUACCUUUUGGAUAAAAUAAUAUUAGAAUUGUUGAUAAAGCUCUAUUACAAUAUUUAUCAUUCAAUAUUUUCCAUUAGAUUGCACUUUAAAAAAAAUGGGAUUUAUUUUUAUAAUAUUCAAAUGACUAUUAUUUAAUGCCAAAUAUUACAUAAGUCACUCCUAUAAUGAUGUUAUUUCAAGAUGCUCCUUUUAGUGUUAUAAAUAAAUAUUUCACAUUAUAUCCGGAUUCUAUUCAAAAAUCAUUAAAUUUCUUUACAAAAAGAGGUAAGAAUUUAAUACAUUGUUUAUGCUUAAAUAAAACAUUAAGAUCUAUUGAGGAAAGUAAAUCAAUUAUUGAUAAACUAAAUGAAUAUUAAGAAUUGUUAAAAUAUUUAUUAGUUUAACCAUACAAUGAACAGAUUCCUUUAGUUACAUAUUUAGAUUGUUAGAAAGAGCCAUAAAAUAUAUUCAUUUCCUUCUUGAGUUAACAUAUAUAAAAGAAAUUCGACUUUUAUUAAAUCUAUUUGGAAGUCUUAAAAUCUACAGUUGAAAGAAAUCAAUCAGACCACCCUAAAAUUAAUAAUAAUACAAAUUAUUUUUAUUCAAUUUAAAAUGAAAAAACCCCAAAAAGGUUAAGAAUCAAAAAUUAUGUUUAAUACAAUUAUGAAAAAUUUGACACAAUAUAUUAUUAGUAUAUCUAAGUAGCCAAAUAAUUGAUAAAACAUAAAUUUUAAAUAAAUUUAAGUUGGAUUAAUAAUUUUGAUGUCCACUCAACUCAUUAUCCAUAUGAAUUUAGUGGAGUUGUAAGACCAUUAUUGAUUUUAUUGGUAUAACAAGGUUAAUUUGAUUUAGUUAAGAAACAAGUUGAAUUAAUAAAACCAUUUUAUUAUAAAUAGAUUAAAAUUAAUAAUGAAAUCAAUAUAUAAUCACAAUUUGUAUCAAAGCUAAUUUAAAUAAUAAAAUUAGCAUCCGAUAGAAGUUAAUUAACUUCUAUUAGUAAUGAAAUACAAAAUACAAUUAAGUCUAAUCCUUUAUUACUAAAAAUACCUUUACAUGGAUAUUUUGAAGCCAGAUCCAAAUAGGAUAGUAUUUUAUAUGGUAAUUUUCAUUAAAGAUCUAAAUAGAAAUUAUAUUAAUUUGAUUGUAUUUAUAAUCAACUUAUAGAUUUAAAUGAUAGAUCUUUUGAUUAAUGUUAUUAAAUUUAAGAUUAAUUAAUUUAUAAGAAUGAAUUAAUUUGCUUACAAAUAAUUAGAAAACUUUUUUAAAAUCACAAAUUAUUUUUAGUUGAUGAUUAAUUUAUUAAUGAAAUUUAUAAGAAUAUUACUUUUGUUGCCAAUUUUGAUCAAUCUUAGAAAGAUGAAAAAAGAAAAAAACGAAUCAUUUUGAAAAAAUCAAGUUAAUCAUCAAAGCACGUAAAUAAUGGUAAAAAUCAUAACAGAAUCAAUCAUAAUAAUGUGAUUAAAACUGUUGUAUUUUUAACUUUAAAAACAGUUGAUGAUAAAUAAGGACCUACAUAUAAUUUCAAAGAAUUUAUUUAAUUUUUAAAAAUAAAGAGUUUUGAAUAUAUUGCAAAGAAGGAAAGUUUUUUUGACAAAAUAUGUAAUCUAAAUUAAAAUGAACAAAUAUAAACAUUAAUUAGACUUAAUUUUGAUGAUAAUUUUCGUAAAUUUCCCUAAGGUUUACAUCUUUUGGAUGAUUAUUUUGAUGUUAGUGUUAAUUCUAAACGUUGGACUACUUCACUCUUUAUUUAUUCAAAAUAGAUAAAAUUUGACUAUAAUUUAAUUCUUGAUGAAAAAAAAAAAAUUUAAUUUACAAUUUUUAAGAUUUAAGAAGAUUAACUUGAAAACUAUUAUGAUUGGGGAUUGACUGGAAUGAUCUUAAAUUUAAUUGCAUAUCCUAAAGAAUAUCCAAUAGCAAGAAAUUAUAAAGAAAAAGCUGCUUUGUAUACAAUCUAAAAUCGAAAACCUUUAAUUGCAUCAUUAAUAACUAUUAAAGAAUGUUAUAAUGAUUUAAUAAAAUUGUUUCCUAAAUCUAAAAUUCUUGAAAGCAUAUUUGAUAAACUUUCAUUAAAAGAUGUUGUAGAUAAUUAAUCAUUUUUAAAUUUAAAUUAUGUUUUAAAAAUCACUGAAACUAGUAAAAAUGUCUUAGCCUCUAUUUUGGCUAAAAACUAUUUCCCUAUAAAUUUUAAUAAGAAAUACAAUAAAGAAGAAGUUAAAAAAUUUAAUGACUCAUUACAAUUAUUAUUUCAAAAUUUAAACAACAAUGAGAAAUAAAAAGAAUUAAGUUUAAUUGAAUAUUGUCACUUAUAUUCAUUAAUUAAUCUUAAAUCUUAUCACAUUAUUGAAAAGAACUUUGAAAAUAUGAAUAUAGUUCAUUUAAAAUACAUUAUAAAUUCUUGUCAAGAUAAAGAAGUUAAAAUUGCAUUAAUAAAUGAUCUACCAUAAAAUAUAAUAGAAGAUUUAGGAACUCCAUUAACUUUUAUUUGUGGAAGAGAUUAAUAAAUGAUUGUUCCUCUUUUGAAUAAAAUUUGUUCCAUUAAAAUUUAAAAUGGGGUAUUGAUUUUGGUUAAACCUAUUUUGAUAUUGCUUUUUAAUAUUAAUCCAUCUUAAGCAAUUGAUAUUUUAUUUGAAAUUCUUGAAAAAGAGUAAUCAAAAUAUCGACUAUAAUUUAUUCAGCAUUUAUACACACUUGCUUAUCAAAACAAAGAUCAAAAAUCACUUAAUCGUUUAUUAGGAUAUUUAGAUUAAGAUCCUGAAAAAAAUAAUUAUAAAAUUAAUUUUAUGAUAGGAAAUUAAUUCACUAUUGAUAAUGAAUAUCUUAAUUACUUUUUAGCCUUAAGUCAUCCUAUUUGUUUAGUAUUAAACACAUAAUAAUAUAAAUAAUAUUUAGAACAAAAUAAAUUUGAUAAUAUGAAAUUAAGAAAUGAUUAUCUCUUAUGUUUAAGAGAAGGAAUGUAUGAAAAAAUUGAAAUAUUGAAUAAAUUAAUUGGUUCAUUUGAAUAAAUCAAAGAACAGGACACUUUUUGUUAAUUUAUUGCUUUGAUAUUAAUAGAAGCUUAAAUUUAACCAUUUAAUCAAUCCUUAAUGGAUAAUUAAGUAGAGUUUCUUGAGGAAUAUUUUAAGUAAUUCUAUUAAUAGGAUAGAUAUUAAUUUUUUGGUUAAAAUCAUUAAUAUAGUUUGGAAAGAAAGUAAAUAAAAUAAAAAAAUUAAAUAUUUGAAAUCAGAUAAAGAGCUCAAGAUUUAUUUGAAAAAUCAAAGAAAAUUAUUAAUCAUCCAGUUUAAAAGCUUUAAUACAUAAAUAAAUAAGAAUAUUAAUUAAUUUUUACAUAAAAUUAAUAAUAUUCUAAGUAAAAUUAAAACUAUUCUUGUUUAUUUUUGUCUAGUCAAAAUUGUUAAUCUUAAAAUUAUGAAAAAUGUUUUGAGAUUGUUCGAAAAUGGGCUAAUUAAUAAACUUUAUGUGAGGUUUCUCCAUUUUAUGAAAUGAUGUAUGCUCUUAGAUACCCAAAUAAAUAAUUAGUUUAGCAAAAAGAAUAAUUAAUAGAAAUUUUGAUUCAGCAUUUUUUAUUAAAAAAAACUGGACCUAAUUUUAUAAAACAUAAAUCAAUAGAAUAUAUAUAAUUAUUGAAAGAAAAUUGUACAAAUUAAAUUAAUAAAUAUGUGAAUGAUAAUUUUAGAAAUAUACGCCCUUAAAUGAUUGAAUUAUUUAUCUAAGAAAUGAUUUGUGAAGAUAAAAAAUAUGAUCCAAGUCAUGAUGAUUUGGAUUAUAUCAUUAUGAAAUUGAAAUAUCAAAAUAUUAAAUUAGUAGAGAUUAUGAAAAAGAAAUAUAAAGGAUUAUAAACAAUAAAAUUUAAUUCAGCUACUCUAUUUUAUGCAAAAAAUGAAGUGAAUCUUUUGCCAUAAGUUGAAUAUGAUAUAUCAUGUAAAAAGUUUGAAAAAAGAAUGCAAUUUUUUUCUAAAUUUAUUUCCGGAGUUGGAAUAAACUUAAAGAAAUUAACACCAGAUUAAGUUUAUUUAGUUUAUGGUAAGCAUAAUCAUAUUUUGUAAAAACUGAAAUUUAGUUAUGAUAAUUUAAUACUUGCUCUAAUUAGUGGAAAUAUGGAAACUAUUCUUUAUAUAAUUUAACUUAAUUAAGAACCAAAUAAACUUGUUUAUGAAUAGAAUAUUUUUUAAUUGAUCAUCUUAGAAAAUUAUAAUGACAAUCUUAUUUUAGACUUUUUUAAUAAGUAUAUUAAAGAUCAAGUUAAAUAAACCAAUAGAAUUUUCUAAAUUGACAAUUAACCAAUUUUGUAUUAUCUAAUACUAAUGAGAAGAUAAAAAAUAUUCGAAGAUAUUUAUUUACCUUUUAUGAUUAAAAUACAUGGAGAACAAAAUGCUCUCCAAUUACUAAAAGAAGAAUUGUUAUUUAGUUUAGAGAAUAAUGAUAAGUAAGAUAUAUUAGGAUUAGCAUUAAUGAGGAAAAACUAUUUUAUAUUGAAUUAUUGUUCAGAUAUAAUAAAUAAAGAACAUUUAAAGUUUAUCAGGCAUUAUGAUAUUAAUUUCUUUUAAACAAUCAGAAUUAAAAAUGAUAAUAGUCCAUAUUCUAAAUUUGUUGAAUUAUACCAAAAAUAUCUACCUUUAUGUUGUGAAUAAUUAAAAUUUAAGUAAUUUGAAAAAUAGAUUGUAUAAGUUUCACAUGGAGUAUUUAGACUAAAAAAUAAAAAAUAAAUAAAUGUAAGAGUGUAAUAAAUACAAUAACUUAUCAUAUAUGAGCAAGCAUGCAUCAACUAUAUAUUUAAUUUAAAUAAAGAUUAUUAUUUUCACAAUAAAUCCUUAACAAUUAAGCUAGCUUUAAAUAAAUGGAGUAUGCUUCAAAAAUAUUAAUAUGAUCCUAUUCUUUUACAAUAAAUUUUAUAGGAAUACAAAUAACCUAAUGGAUCGUAUAGUUUGAAUUAAAAAGAAUAUAAAAUGAUUCUUGAAUAAUGCUAAUUAUAUCGAAUAUAUUAACAUCCAAUUUAUGAUGAGCUUGCAACUAUAAAUCCUAAACUAUUCCUUGAAAUGACAAAUCCUAUGAAUUUAACUAUUUCAUCAGUAAUUGUAGUUAAUUAAGCUUUAUAUCAAACGUCAGAAUUAAAUAGUUAUGUUGAAUAGUAUUAUAAAAAAUAUUAAGAAAGAAUCAAGUUAGAAGAAUAAAAAAAGAAACAAACAAAAAAGAAAAAACCUGUAAUAGAAGAAAAUAGUGUUAGUUUAAAUGAAAAUGAAAAUCAAUAAAAAGAAGAUGACUAAAUUUAAUAAUAAGAAUUAGAAGAUGUAGAAAAUCUAUAGUAAUUAUAAAUGUAAGUAACUGAAGAUGAGAUAACUUUAGAAUAGGAUUAUCAAUAUAAAAAUAUGUAAUAAAAUAUUGUUUAUGCCUUCUACUUAUUACUUUGUAUCUAAUAAGAUUAAUAUAAAGAAUGGUUAGUAAAGGAGUAAUAAUUAAAGGUUAUUGUGGAAAUGUAUCAAGGUCUGUCAAAGAUUGAAUGGAAGAUUAAAUAGGAAAAGCCAUUUGUAACUGAAAAUAGUAAGACUUUUUUAUUGACAUUAUUAAAUUAAGAUUAUCAAUUUAAAGACUCUAUUUAUUUUAUAUAAAUUUUAGAGAUGGAGAAUUCAAAAGAAUUAGCUAUUUUAAGAGGAAUUAUGUAUAUUUAAUAAAUUAAUGAAAUAAUUAAAGGGUUUAUUGAUAGAUUGAGUGAGGAGAUAGCAACGAUGAAUAAUUUUAAGAAAAAUGUAUUUCUUGUAUUUGGAAAAUAAUAAAUAACUUAUGAUGAGAGUGGUUUCACAAUUCCACUUUAAUAUGAAGAUAAAUCCUUUUAUUUAUCUGAAGAAAAUAUUGCUUAGGCUAUUCCUUAGUUAAAAAUAGCGAAUUAUUAAAUGAAUAUUGAUGUAGAAUUAAUACAAUAUCAAGAAAUUUAAGAGGAUUGGAAAUAUUUUGAUUUCAGUUCAAUCAAAACAGUAGAUUUUCAUGAAAUUAUUAUUAAUUCCAAAGAAAAUGUAUUGGAAAAAUGUUUAUUUUUUAAAAAUCUAAUGGAAAAAUAAUUUGAUAAAGUUGGUAUAUAUUAAAUAGAUGAUAUAUUUGCUCCUCAUUAACAUGAACAAAUUAGAUAAACUGAAUUAUAAUCAUAUCAAACUCAAAUGUAACCUCCUUCCUUAAUUCAUUAAAGUCAAAGUUAAAUUGGCUUAACUUAAGGAAAUUCAAUGUAAAGAUAAUCUACAAUAAAUUAAUAAUAAAUUAUGAAAGAAGAUUUUCAAUUUAUGUUUGAACUUUUACCUGAUAACACCUAUUAGGUUAGGUAAUAAAAAAAAUAGAAAAAUUAAAAAGAAUUAAUAUUUGCUGAAUUUUAUCAUUUUAUUUAACCAUAAGUGAUUAUUAAUUUAAUCAAACUAUCUGAAGAAGAAUUUAUUUCUAAUUAUGAUGGAACUUCUGUAAUUUCAAUCAUAAUAUAAGAUUUUUAUAGAUACAAUGAAUAUCUAAGUAAUUUAAUUGAAUAAAAACAAUCGUAAAAUUGGAGAUUAGAUUUUCCAUUCUAUAUCAAGAAUUAACAUUUCGUAUUUUAAGAUUAAUUAUUUUCUACUUAUAAUAUUUAAAUGGUUUUUACCAAAUCGGUUGCAUUUAUAGAAAAAGUUAAAUAAUUACUUAGUAGAAGUGAAGAUCAAAGUAAAUUAGUUUGGAGAAUUAAUACAAUAUCAUUUCUUGAAGUUAUUGUAAGUAGAUUAGUUGAAAUUUAAUAAACAACUCAUAAAAUAAUAAAUAUAUAUUCCAUAAUUGAGUAAGUAUUUAAUUGGGAUACACUGAUUAUGAUUUUGCACUAAUUGCUUUACAACAAUUUGAUAAAAGCAUAAUAAAUUUUAAAAGUUAUAAGGGGAGUUUAUAUUGAAUUUAAUGAAUUAUAAGGAAUAUAAUUUAUUUAAAGUGAUUAAAAGAAAGGAUUGGAUAAAAUUUUUUAGUUUGGAAAUACAACUUAUCUUCUUUACAAUCAUAUAUUGAUUAUUAGAUUAAAUAUUGGAAUAUUUAAUGAAAAAGAACAGAAUAUCUAAUAAGAUAAACCAAUCACUUAAAUUUAAUAAUGUAGCAAAAGUGUCUUUAAACCAGAUCCAAUAAUAUAGGAAUAUUUUCACAAUAUCAUAAAUGAGUAUGACUUUUAUAACUAAAUAUUUAAUCCAGAAUAAUUAGUUUAAUUCUUAUUCAAUAAAUUAGAUAUAGAUAGAAAUUUAUUGAAUUAUUCAAAUUAAUUGAGUAAAACUCUUAAUAAAACUAUAACUUUAUCUGUUGAUCAUUAAUCUUUGGCAUCAAUUUUUUCAAAUGAAAUUUAUAAGAUUAGUCAAAACAAAAAUAGUAAAAAUAGACUCAAAGAAAUGGAGUCAAUAUGGUACAUUUUAUUAAAAUUAAACAAAUAUUUUAAAGAAGAUUUAUACAAUUAUCUACAAAGAUAAUUAAAAGCUGAGAGAUUUGAUGAUAUGUUUAAUAUUAGAUUAUCAUGUUUAUUAUCUGCUUUAAGACAAAAUUAACCAUUAAUAAAUAUAAUUAUAUCAAAUACGAGAUAAUUACAAUUAAAACAAAAAUCUAAAAUCUUAUAGAGAUUAUGUUAAGUGAGUCUAAAAAGCGAUAUAAAAUUAUCAUAUCAUUUUGGAUUUUAAAUAACUAAGAAUUAUUAUGUAAAUAAUAGUAAAUUAGGGGAUGUAUGCAUGGUAGUAUAUUGUGAAAAUUAGAAAAAUAAUUUAGUAGCGGGUUAAUUGGUUUAUAAUUCUAAACCAGGACACUUUUUAUUUUCUUAAUUAGAUUACAUGAAUUAAUAACUCUUAACUCAAGAAAGGAUAACAAGAAAUCAAGCUCAUUAUUCUGGUUAUACAUAUUCUCAUCAUGAACUUCUCUAUGUGUAAAUUGAAGAUUUAAUGUCAAUAGUACUAUUUUAACCAAUAUGGCCAUCAGAUCCUGUAUUUAAUUAAUCUAUUUUAAAUGUAUUUUUUACUGAUUAAGAUGGCAAUAUAUCAAUAAAUAAUGAACCAAAAUUUAUGACUCUUAUGAGUCAAAUUUAAUGUGAAUAAGAUGAAACAAAUAAAUAAGUGAUGCUUGAUGAUCUUUUUGGAAAUGGUCUAGUCUCUUCAUAUAGUGAUUUAAGUUUAACUUAAUUGACACCAAUUUUUCCAGAUUAAAUUAAUUUUGAUUUUGUUGCUCAACAUUAAUUAAAAAAAUAGUAAUCUCUGGUUUAAGGAUAAAAUGUUUUUGUUCGUAUAAAUGAAGAUAAAUUUAAACUUGAUUAAAUUGAAAUUACAUCUGUAAGUAUGGCUUGUCAUUUUGAAACUAAUUUAAUAGCUUAAUAAUUAUAGAAAAACUUUAUUAAAUUCCUUAAUGAACAUACAGAAAUAGAAAAUAUAUUUCUACAUUUUGAUGAUUAAAUGAAUUAAAAUCCAGAAUAUUAUGUAGAUUGUAUUCUAGUAGGUGGAACAAUAUUUGAAGCUUUUUAAUUUGGUUAUUAAUAAUUUAAAGAUGGAUACUCUUAUCCUAAAUUAAAUAAUUCAUUAUAGUAUUUAUUUGAAAUCUAAUCAAUUUAAACUAUGAAAAUUAAUUUUAUCAAAACAUUUUUUUAAAAAGUUGAAUUUAUUUUUGAGAGAAGCUUUGGAAAUUAAAAAUAAUUAAUUUAAUAUGAAAAUGGUACAAUAAAAUGUUAUACUUUAAUUGAUGAUAAGGAUAAUGUAUAGGUUCCAGAUUCAGAUUAAAUUGCUUAAUUUCUAUUUAAUUUAAUUUUGAAUUUUUAGGAUAAUAAGAUGGACUCUUAUUUUAGUGAUGAAAAUUUGCAUAUUGUUAAAGUUGGAGAGAUUCAAAUAGAAAGUAUAAAAACUGUUGUUGAUAUAAUCUUAUUGCUAAAACAACUAUUUAAAUUAUUAAGAUUGAUAAAUGAUAAUAUUAUAUUAAAUGUGUCGAUUUUAGCAUAGAAAGAAAUCAAGACUUAAUUUAAAAAUACAAUUUAUUAAUUUGUAGAUGAUGGAUCUCAUUUAAUAAUAAAUUAUGAAACAUUUAGCGAUUUUAAUUUAUGCGACUUCUUUUUAGAUUAUCUUAAUAAUAAAUAAUUUUACAUAAAUAAUAGAUAUAAUGAUAAAAUCAAAUAUGAAGGACCAGAAUUGAUUUUAAAAUAAUUAGAGCUUAAUCCUAAAUAAUUAUUAAGUGGAAUUGAUGAAAAUUCUUAAAUUGAAUUAUUGGUCCUUAAUAUAGACAAAGGAAGAUUGGUAGAUUUGAAUAUUCUUGAUCCUGAUUAAUUUGAUUAAGCAUACUUUAUUUUUAAAGUAGAUGGAAUUUAUUAAAAAUUGUAAGCUGUUAAAUGUUGUACAUAUAAACCCUUGAUAGGAUAUUUAAAAUAAUCUACAUAUGAAUAAACUAUUUGCAAUCCUUUAUUUGUAUUGAUAUUAGAUUUGGAAUCUAAUAAACAAUUAGAAUAAUAAUUAAAUAAAAUAGAAGUUUCAUAUCUAAAUGAGAAGAAUACAAAUUUAUUAAAUUUAAUAAAAAAAGAAAAAAAGAAAUAAUAAAUAUAAGUUUCAUAUAGAUUUAUAGCCAAUAGAACAUUGUUGGUUGAGUUUAUUAGUGAUAAAAUACUUACAUUAAAAUUAACUGUUCCUCAAUAAAACAGAGUAUCUAUGAUUUAAGAUUAAGUAUAAAAUUAAAUAAGAUUUGAAUACACUACUUAAAACACAUAAGAUUUAAGUAAGACAACCCAUGUAAAGGUAAUUAUAGAGGAUAGAGAAAAGUUAGUUUAAUUAGAAUAAGAGGAAUAAUUAGCUUUUGGAAUUGGAGAUGCAAAAAUGAUGAAAAUAUUAUUAAAGAAGGCAACAUAAAAAAUGGAUGAGAUAUUAUUUCAUAAGUAAUGUGAACCAUUAAUUCAUUCUAAGGAUUUAUAAUUAAGCAAUACAAUUAAUAUGUUAAGUAAGUAAGAACUUUUAGCAGCAUCUAGAGCAGGAUAAGAAAGAAUUGAUUAUAUAGAGUUUAAGGAUAAUUUGGGAAAUAGAAUAAAUAAUUUCUAAUAUAAAACUUUAGUUUAUGUUCAUUCCUUAUUCAAUUAGAUAUAAUACAUACCAAAAUAAGAACGAAUAGGUUCUGGAUUAAAUUUAAUUUGGAUUCCAAUUUUUAAAGGAGUAUAUAAAUUAUAUAUAGAUGAUGUCAAAAUUAAAGGUAGAUUUGUUAUAUUAGCUAAUAAACCUAAUCUAUAAGAAAGUGAAAUUGAAAUUCCUUAAGAAUUAUAAACUAUUCCAUUUUAUGAAGAUAUCCCAUUUACUUUUUAAAUAAGAGAUUCAUACUCUAAUAUUUAUGGUGAUAUUGAGGAAUAAAUUUAUUUGGAUUGUAAAUGUGAAAUCAAUUGUACUGAAGGUAUUACAAUAUAAGUUAACUUUUCAAAUUUAACAAAAAGUGGAUCUAUGAAUGUAAAAGUUCAUUUUACACCUGAGAGUGUUGAAGCACAUGAAAAAUAAACUGAAAUUAUUUUCUUAAUUAACAAAGAAGUUAAAAAAUGUAAUAUUAUAAUAAUUUUAUUAUUAUAGAAAAACCAAUCAAAAUUUCAGGAGUCUGUUUAGAAAAAAGAAGAAAGAAAUUUGAAACUGAAUUAGAUAAAAGUUUUAAAAGAACUGAAUACUCUUUGGUUAUUAGAAGAUUGAAUUUUUUAAAAGAUUUAUUAGAUUUAGCAGAUAAGAAAAUGAAUUAUAAGUUUAAUAUUAAAUUUUAGGAUGAACCCGGAAUUGAUGCUGGAGGUCUUAAAAGAGAAUUUUAUGAUAUGAUAGGCAAUACUCUAAAAGAUGAUACAUAUAAAUUCUUUUAGCCUGUUCAAGGUAAUCUCUCUAAAUAUUUUCUACAUAGUAAUUUUAAUAAAAUAAAAAAUAAAAAAGAAUAUGCUUUAUUAUUUGGAAAGGUAUUUUUUUUAUUUAUACUAAAUUAGUUAAUUGCUAAUUCAAUUGCAAAUGGUUAUUUAAUUGGAAUCGAUAUUAUUAGCCCAUUUUGGAAGGUUGUUUAUGAUGAAAAGAUUGUUUUUGAAGAUCUUAUUUUAAUUUGGGAUAAAUAAACAUACUCCAACUAUGCUAAUCUAAGAUAAAUGAGUUCUGAAUCAUUUGAAGCACUCUAUUUAGAUUUUACUUAUUAAUUAGGUAAUUCUACUAUAGAAUUAAUUCCAAAUGGAUCUACAAUGGCAGUUACUUCAAAAAAUGUAAAUGAAUAUUUAGACAAAACCGCUUAAUACAUUAUUUAUAAAUAAUUUUAAGACAUUUACAAUUCAUUUAUUGAAGGAUUUAAAACUGUUGUCGAUUUAAAGGUAUGUGUUAUUUUUAAUUAUCUUUAGAUUUUCUAAAAGUGGUUAAAACCCUCCGAAAUAUCAUUAUUAACAUAAGGCUUACUUGAAAUUAAACCAGAUGUUAUUUUACAAAAGAUUUAAUAUUCAGGAGGAAAGGCUAAUCAUAAAUCUUAUUUUGAGACUUUUGUAAAUCAAGCAGAUUCUCAAACUUUAAAGAACAUGUUGAAAUUCAUUACUGGUAUAUUAUUAUAUUAAUUUUAGGUUCAUCUGCUAUACCAUUUGAUUAAAGUUCAUAUAUAAUAUAAGUAGAAUUCAAAAACAAUUUGGAUAUUCGAAAAUUACCUUUAGCCCAUACUUGCUUUAAAUCUAUUGAAAUUCCAUUGUAUGCUAAUUAUGGAUAAAUGAAAUAAAAAUUAGAUAUUGCUUUUUCAAUUGGAUUGGAAGGAUAUGGGUUUGGUUGAAAUUAUUAUAGAUUGUGU